AUGGGGAACGCGAUAUUCUUGGAUGGGGAGGUGAUGGCGGGCGUGUCGGGGAAGGUUGAAAGGGAGAUGGUGAAGGUUGCCUCACCCGCUGAUGGGGCUCGAGUUUUCCCUGGACUCACUAGCGCGACCGGCGCCGGUCGAUUACUAUUCACUGUUCCCAUCCACGAAUCCAUCUUUUAA